AUGUUUACCACAACUGUGAAAAUUGAUGACAAGAACUAUACAGAACCGAUCCCGCUCCACUUCGUGCACCACCGCUCACCUCGUCACGAUGCAAUCCCCCUUCUCUUCCUUCACGGUUUCCCGGGUUCUUUCUUGGAAGUAGGCCGAAUCAUCUCGUCCUUGACUCAUCCGCCCAACUCGUCUGUCCCGGCUUUCCACGUCGUAGCCCCGUCUCUGCCCGGCUUUGGAUUCACUCCUGCCCCGGUGCAUGCCGGGUUGGGUCCGAUCGAAGCGGCGCAUGCUUAUAAUGCCUUGAUGCACCAACUAUCUUACCCACGAUAUGUGAUGCAGGCCGGGGAUCUCGGAGCCUUUGUCACUACCUAUCAGGCCGCUCUCCACCCUGAGAGCGUCAUCUCUGUGCUCUCCAAUCUUUGGGUCCCUGCCCUCAACGCCACGGAUAUCGCUCGUUUGGAAGCAAAUGAGACGACUCCGGGAGAGACGGCGUAUAUCCGCAACAUAACUGCCUACCAGACAGGAGGCGCGGGAUACCUGUUUCUGCAGUCCACGCAACCCUUGAUGGCGGGCCAUGCUUUGACAGACUCUCCUCUAGGAUUUUCCCUCUACAUUUUCCAGCUGAUGCAAGAGCUCGGAACCUUUUACCACUGGUCACUUAGCGAGAUCAUUACCUGGGCCAUGAUGUACAUCAUUCAGGGUCCUUAUCCCGCUACACGCUUCUAUAAGGAGUUCCGAAAUGCCGACCAGAUUGUUGGCGCGGAUAUGUUUGGGCCCGCAUUGUUUGUUAAUGUUCCAGUCGGUGUUACACAACGCCCGCAGGACGCCGGAUGGGGUGUUCCAUUAGAUUGGGCGCGCAGGAUAGGCAACGUCACCGCGAUAUACGUGCAUGACUUUGGGGGCCAUUUCGCCGCUUACCAGACGCCCGAUACGCUGCUGGAUGACUGUUGGCGAUUCUGGGGGAAUAAGAGCGCCUCUGGUGUUGGAAAACACUAG